AUGCAAGCUGUGUGUACUUGCCAAUCCUGUCUGCAUAGAUAUCUACGGGAGUACAAGACGCUCGGCAUUGGUCCACUGCUCGCAGGGACUAACUGUUUAUCCUCUACAACUGCUCCAAGUGAAGACUGCAACCUUGGAGAGACGCUGAGCACGUAUUUGCAGGAGAAGUGAGCGAGUUUUCAGUCACAGUCAUUUAGCUUUAGUCACGGUGUGCCGGAUUCUCUCUGUUCGUUGUCUCUAUAUUGUGGUUUCUUCUGCCACGAAUUAUUUACUCUGACACACAGAAUCCUGAUUAGAAUGUCUGUGGAGAAGCUGGUGUAGGCAGUCACCCUCUGGAAUCGCAAUGGUCGUGGUCGAGCAUAGUUAUGGAUAAGUUCUCUUGGAAUUAAAAUAUUUUUAAAAUUUACUACUUCAAGAGCAGUUGUAACCAAGGUCAAUCUUUAUAUUUAUUCAUACAGGUGCUCGCUGGACUUCUAUCUCGCAUUUUCAAUAACACAUUCUGAGGAAUACCUUUAAAGCCUUCUUUAUUAAUCCUGGUGUUCAUGAAUGUAGGGUUAACACGCGGCUUGUAAAAGCGGUUCACUUCAUUUGCUCUAUUCGUUUGUCCAGUUGUCUGCUAUAAUCCGUAUGCACAUUUACAAACCUUACGUUGGUUUGCUAAAAGCUUGCAUUCAGAAUGUACAUAUUGACGAGCGUGACUCUGCACUAGUUUUCCAGGAAUGGAAUAGAAGUGAUUAAGUUGGCAGAAUAAGGAAAUAUUUUUUUGCCGACUGUUUUGCUCAGCUGUUUAAUUGCGAGCAGUGUACGCAACAGACAGCGCACGCUGAAGUCAGCAUUACAGAGCUUGUCAACAUUAAUUAUAUAGAGACGACAUGAAACUGAUAAUAGGCUGCAAAAACCCACAUUAUUCAGCGGACAAAAUAAAAUAAAUACAAGUUCGUUUAUGGAAACUUCUUCUGAAACUCGCGCUGGUUGCCAGUUGCUCGGAUGACUUCAAAGCCAUUUUAUUGUCCAAAAGUGAAGCGAUCAGCCACGUAACCUUUCUGAAACAGAUCUAUGUGAUAACAUGCCAUUUUGGCAGUUUUAUUUAGUAAGCCUGUCCCUGCCACACCCUCGAGUUUAGUUUGUUAUCCAUUUCAGCAUUCAUCUCGUUUGGCUUGGUUCCUUUCACGACAUCUUUUUGAGCUCUGUUGAUCGACAGUGGCAGUUAGUACCCUUCGACGCAACUUCUGAGUUUCCCGAGGAUAAGUGCCUAUGGCAGGGUAUAGAAUCAGCCAAGGUUCGGUUUACCUGUUCCGUAAGUCAACAGAAAAUUCCCUCUUCCUCAUUUUUCCCUUCAUGUGCGUACAGCUAUCGUGCAACGUAAAAAAAGAAGAGCCAAAAAUACUCCAGCCAAACUCACUUUGGCCUUCUUUACUAGAUGAAAGCAGUUCACCCUGGCGAAAUUGCAAUAAAAGCAUUUUGCAGAGAACGCAUUACUUUGAUUAACCAGCAAAUCUUUGGAUUUUUGGUCACAUUUGGUUAUGCAGUCUUACCUGGUGGACACAAUGCUGUUAGGGGUUAGGGUCAGGGUUAAGGGUAAUGGUCAGGGGUUAGGGGUUAAGGCAACUAUUUCUCAUCCACUCAAAUUACAACCGCGCUUUCCCAGUAGCUUUUCUUUGCAUACGAUUACUUGACCUCGUCGUCUGUGCUUUCCCCAACCCCACAUGUAAAAACCCCUAUUACCGCCUGUCCCGCAUUACAGGCAGCUGGGGUUUGUUCACCUUAUGUGCGGCUUCACAAUCCCAUCUGACCGAAUUUUCAUAUGCUGAUUUUCUCUAAAGACAUGCACACAAGUGCUUUUUGUUAACGCUGGUUAAAUGACAGCGAGUUAAUUUGUCUCAUCUCAAAGUGUGCCUUCUACAUUUGACUUUAUUAGGACUGUGGCAGGAUUUGGACGUCUAUAUCGGCUCUUGCAACAUUUGUACUCUGUGUUGACCCAAUUCAAUGGAGCCGCUUGACACUUUGGUUCAGUCUAGCGGGGCAAACCUGUUCCACAUGCCUCCAAGAGACAGCAAACAGGUCAUUUUCACCUGACAAGAGGGUAGUUCACUAUGGUGCUUGGUAUCCACGAGAAGUUGUACGAGUACGUUUUCAAUAUUUUUUUGAGAAUUUCGUCAAGACUGUUCCGAUCGCAGUUACGAUAAGUACAUGUUUGUGUUUAAGUAAACAUUUGAAUAGAGUCAUAAGUGCAAAGCAUUCUGUAUUUCGUCCGCAUCUAAUAAAGUCAACUGAAAGUAGUUCGUUUCAUUUGGAAAAAUGUUUCCGCAAUUAUGACAGACCAGUCAUGCUUCUAUGCAAGAACCCAUACAGAAGCGAAAAUCCAGCGAAGAACUAGAUCGAUGGAAAUACUGAUUGCAUGAUUUGAGCCCAUUGUUAAUACAAUAAGACAAAAACACUAUUAAGUAGACGAUCCACUAACCUAAAAAUCAAAUGUCCUACUGUCCGAACUGUUUUGAAGAUAGGAAAAGUUUUAAGCACUCUGCAUUACUGACAUGCAAAUUUCAAAACUACCUCAUCUCUUAGGUAUAAAUUUCAACGGGAAUUGUGUUUUUCUUUCAAAAAACCGCUGUUACAUGUUGCCAUCUUAUUAAUCAGCGUGCAAGACUUGACGUAAGUCUAGCAUACUAAAGAACAUAAAAUAGCCAUUGUUUUAAUAGCUACUAUUUAUAAAAGUUGUAAUUAUGUCCGCAACUUUUGGAAGGAACUGUCUUUUCUUGUCAUAUGUCAGUAGGUGACGAAUCACAUUAAGCUACAGUCGAACGACGAGGGUGCACUUUCGAUUAGAAAGGACCAUUUGGGUGGGGCUAAUGCACUUGUUUAAAUUCUUUGGCGGCGGUGUUCAGCGUACGCUCCACCAGGACGGCGCAGCAACGGUGAUCUGUGAAUUAGUUUAUAGUGAGGCAGAUUUACGCAACAUUUACAGCAAUUGCUCUUUCCUCAAACACAUUGCUUCGACGGAGAGACAUGAUAAAGUUGACCAGAGGCGAGUUCGGGCAUAGUGGCUUACACGGUUUAACAGUCCAUGCACGUCACCCGGCCCCCACUGUAUAUACCAGACUUUUACGAAAACGUUUCACAUCUCACGCGUGCGAGAGUUCUAUAAAGCCCUAUUAAGUAGCAGCCACUAUGGCCUGAAACUUAGUCCUCCGAUCCCGCCAAAAUGUUUCCAUGAGGGCCGAGUUAUCCUGUUAUGCGGUGAAUCCAGUUUUUAUGAAAGCUCAUACGGCCGAAUAGACCCAUGCGGUGUUUUAAUGUCCUGGAGCAUAGCAACCGGAUGGAGAGUGCCUGACGGGUGUAUGUCAGGUCUUUAGGUAUUGGUUAGUCGGUCUCAGUGCGGUGAAUUCGCAAGUGUUUUAUUAGGCCUUGUGUGACAAGGAAGCGCGGUCGUAAUGGGGGCAGGAUGCGGUUAAACCAACUUUGCCCGUGGCAAAUUCAAUAGUGGUAAUGUUUUGCAGGACGAUAGGAACAUCCUCGCUGGUGAGGCUAGUGGUGGCGGUAGUUGUGAUGUUGAAAAAGUGGCAAGUCAAUCGUAAUGCUAUUGCCUUGGGUUUUCUGGUAUCUAAUGAGGCUGGUCCACGUCCGAAACGUCUGUCGACAGUGUGGACACGAUGGAGGAAGUUAGAUGCCGGCGUCAAUGGUCCAUAGUCCUUGGAUCUUGAGGGUCUCCCUAUUUGCCUUGGCAGCGGCUAUUUGGGUGGUUUCGAAGAUGGCUGCGCUAGUAUACGGCAGUGGGCUAGGGCUGUCGAUCUUUGGGCAGGGUCCUCCCAGAUUCCUGGGUUGAGCUGCAAGUGCUUGAGUGAGGUCUUCUAGGCGGCCCUGUAGAAACGUUUUCGUUCGCCUUGACCGCAACAACUUGUAGCUACGUCGUCGUAGAACAGUCGCAUGGACACACACUCACCAUCCAGCUUCGCGACCUGGCCGCGCCAUCGCAGUCGUAUCUUCCUCAUUAUGGGACGGGUAUUAAGGGCGCCGUUUCUUUCAAGAAUCUUAGUUUCUGGAAUCUUUUCCUGGCAUUUUUUCUUCAGUAUUCUUUGGAGGCACCUAAGAUAAAAAUAUCCGAAUUCUCCUGCCCGGCUUUCAGAGGCAGUUCUCGUCCCAGCCCCGUAGAGCAGCGUAAACAGCGCAACGGUCUUGUACAUCCUCAGUUCUGUGUUGAAUAGGAUAUCGCGACGAUCCCAGCUGAUAUGCUUUAGCCGGCUGAAUGUCCGACUGGCUUUGCAGAUUGGACUUGAAAUUUCGCCACCGAUCUUGAUGUCUCCUGAAAUUUCACCCCCAAACUUGCUAAUUUGCCCACUGCAGUGGGGUGAGUUGCGCUGACAUUGACACUGAUCAUUAUACGACGUAAAUUCGGGAUACAUCACUCACAGCGGGACGCCGGCUCUUUAAUUCGUGACUAUAUGGUCAUUCGCAAAAUCAUACUCGAACAAAUGACGAAUCAAAUAAUGUGACUUUGUUUUAUUGGUUUAUAUUUCCCUUACAAACGAAAAUUUAUUUUAUUGAAAAAACCCGAGGAGCCAGCCUUUCUUAUAUGCUAUUUGUAUUAAUUGUGCCUUCAUGUUUCAAACUCGAAUAAAAAAUAUUUUUAUACGCAAAAGGUUUUUCAUCUUCUGAAGAACUGUGAAUCUGAUAUUCGGUUGCAUAACUUUUACGAAUUCAAAAGUAAACUACAAGCUUUUCGUUAAAAGGAAAUUGUACAGUUCUCUAUGCUUUUGACAAGUUACUACAUAAUGCUCAUGAAACGUUAAUAAGAGAAUAACAUAGGAAACUUUAAUAAACGGCAGAUACGAUGCUGAUCGAGUAAACAUUUCAGUGUCCGAAAAAAUAUAAUAACAAACUCUUUUGAAAUCUUCAGAUAUAUUUUCUUGUUACCAAAAGCAUAAGGGAGGGAUGAUUUGUUUCCAGACGCAUGCAAAAAGGCUAUUUUGUGCAAGGUGUGUUUUGGUUCGCCAGUGCACAGAAAAUAAUGAAUCAGAUUCACAUCAUCUAAGUAAACAUUCUCAGGUGGGGUGCUUUUUGCAGAUGGGCAAAAGACAUUUAAAGUCUACAUUUUAGUGUGACUGAAAAAUCUUAAGAUCAUUCCAAAUGACGCACGACAUUAAAACCCCAUUUGUCGGUGGGCUAACUCAUGAAAUGUCGACCGAAAUUCCGAAAUGCGCUUUCGUUUCCAAAAGAUUAACUAAGUAGGGUUGUAAAAUUAGUCAGCCUGCGACAUAAUUCUGUAAUAUUUCAGUUACUCCUAGAUGCCGGCUUUUAAAUGAACUUCCUUGGGGCUGCAUGUCAAAACUCCACUUCGUAAAAAAUGACUACCUAAGUAGUAUGAAUUUCUCUCAUGGAUUUUCGAUGGCCCUCAAAGUCCAAUUAUAUUUCACGGAAAAAAUGCAUAAAAAUAUUCAUUCUUUUACUUAUUCGGCAGAAAAUUACGUUUUCUUCUAAUUUAAUGCUCGAAGAAGUGGUAUAAUUCGGUUUUCAAAAACUUUUCCAAGUUCCGAAUACUUGUGAACCUGCUCUACAAUUACACUUGGAUUCAUGGUUUAAAACUACAAGCCGUGUACUUUCCGCGUACGGAAAACCACACAUUACUCUACUGCAAUAAAAGGGACUCUAUAGGGUUCAUAAAAUGUAGCGCUGUAUUUGAUCCAUAUUGUAAACUUUACGAGCCACAUUGUUAAAUGCAGAUACAUGACGUUUUAUGAACGGUCAUUCACGGUAUUUAAAAUUCUCACAAUGAGAACCUUUUUUAAAACCGAAUUAUGUCCUUACAUUGAGUAUAAAAUUAGAAGAGGUAAUUAUCUACUGAAUGAGCAAAAGGAUGAAUAUUUUUAUGAAUUUUUUCCGUGAAAUAUAAUUGGACUUUGAGGGCCAUCGAAAAUCCAUGAGAGAAAUUCAUACUACUUAGGUAGUCAUUUUUUACGAAGUGGAGUUUUGACAUGCAGCCGGAAGGAAGUUCAUUUAAAAGCCGGCAUCUAGAAGUAACUGAAAUAUUAUAGAAUUAUGUCGCAGGCUGACUAAUUUUACAACCCUACUUAGUUAAUCUUUUGGAAACGAAAGCGCAUUUCGGAAUUUCGGUCGACAUUUCAUGACUUAGCAUAACUACUGUACGUUAUUCUUUCUAAAAAAAGUCCAAGUUUGGAUUUUCAGCCAAUUUUCCAGGAUUUAUAAAACCCCUUCACUAAAAAACCAGAAACAUUGAAUUUUUUUACUAAACAGUUUUUUCACAAAUGCUUCUACAUUUUAUAAUGUAGAAUUUCAAAUAUUAAUAUGUAUUAUUUUUACAAUAAUAGGGGACUUGAUCAAACUCGUCUUCGGUCGUUGUUUUUUAAUCGUUGACAAAAAUCGUUUUAAGUGCCGCAAAAGUAGUUGGUGUUUGGGGCGGUUGCGUGUGAAAACUUCGCCUACCGAAUUUUUGAUCCCGGCGUGUUCCCAAAAGCUUUUCUAAAAUAUUUAUAAGGGUAUGUGCUCCGAAAUUGUCACUGUUCGUUUUCAGAAACUUGAAACACUGUUUUCCCGGAAUAAAUUUGAACAAGGCCAGGGCGAUGUGACUUGCGGAGUUCAGUGCCGUCACCAAGUGUCGUGACGUCAUUUAACUGCAUACGGUCAUUGCGUACUAACAAGAUAAAAUGCUCAUUUAGAGAGCGACCGAGAGGGAUGAAACAUGAUUGGUAAAUGAAACCCGGACUCUUGGUCUGAUGUGCAGUUGGGCAUGGCGAUGGGGAAGGGGGAGGCAAGUUACUAAAGCAAGCGCGUGUAGGUUACAGUGAAAACCCUCUGAGCGUGAUUAAAUUUGCAACCCGUGGGAGAGCAGUCAGUCAUGAGGGGCAAGUGAAAGGACGGUAGAGGGAAUGGGGCUUCGUCCAUUAUCGAUCCAGACCAUGUCAGGGCGAGGUUAAUCACGUGAUCCAGCCCAGAGAAGUGUUUUAUUCACACGUACUUUUUGACACCUAACUAAAUCGCAUGCUCAAACGACUAACUUGCCGAUGUACUCUUGCUAUUGCUGUCUUUGAUAGCAAUAAGCACGCGUUUUGGAGUUUUUAUGCUGAAGGAAUAUAUUCAAGUUGCAUCACUUUCCUUUCACGUCUUUGGUUAUUUCAGGUUCUUCUUCGCGUACAUCGACGGAUAAUGGAAGACGUCUUUGCAGUUCGACAAAAUUAA